CAGCCCCACCGCCAGAUCCGCUUCAGCCGCGACCCCCUCCCUUCCCUCUCUCGCUCAUCCCCAUUCCCCUCAUUUGAUCGAUCCUCUCUCUCUCUCUCCUUCUGCAUUCUGCAAUCCCCCAGCCCUAGCCAGCAGCAUUCGUCGCCCGCCGCCGUUGGAUGGAUUUGGAGAUCGUUUUUUGACCGACGCAGAAUGGAAAACAAUGCCGGAAUCCGCCACUGCCUGCCGGAGGGAUGCGCUUAACCGAGCGCCGCUAGCUUCCUGAGCUGAUAUAUAUAUAAAAUUUGUUUUUUAUAUAUAUUCGGUGUUUGUUUCCUCACUAUGUCUGAUUUGGUGGCCCGCACUGGACGGCAUCAGCAGCGGUACGAUGCCGGUUGUCGCCUUAUUGCUGGGUGUAUUCCUUUUAGGUAUAGAAGUUCUGAUGAUGAAAGUUCAGAUAAAGUAGUGGAGGUGCUUAUGAUUGACACACCAAGUGGACCGGGUCUUUUGUUCCCAAAGGGAGGCUGGGAGAAUGACGAGACGGUGGAAGAGGCUGCUGUAAGGGAAGCUAUUGAAGAAGCUGGUGUUCGUGGUGAACUUAUGGGUUUUCUUGGAGACUAUCACUUCAAGAGUAAAACACAGCAAGAUGAGUUUAGUCCAGAUGGGUUGUGUAGAGCAGCAAUGUAUGCUUUAUUUGUCAACGAGGAGCUUGAGUCAUGGCCAGAGCAAAACACCAGAAACAGAAGUUGGGUGACCAUACCCGAGGCAGUUGAAAAAUGCAGGCACGCGUGGAUGACGGAUGCCCUUGUCCUUGGUUUCAACAAAUGGCAUGCAGAAAAUAUGAGUGAUGAAUAACUGGAACUAUGCACAUUACGAAGUACGGUGCAUAUUCACGAGCAUCUCUGAGGAUUGUUUUUUAGAGCCCCAUUUCCCCCCUUUACCAAUCAAUCAUGAAGAAUCGAGUAGUAGAACUAACACCGAUGUUCAGGAUUACAUAGGCAAUGUUUUGGUUGCUCAUUUAUACAGUUCCGUAUUACUAACCUCUGAUGUUUUUAAUUCGGAGGGAAUUUCAUCCUUAAGCACCGGUUCCAACUUCUUAAGGCUUUCAUAGUUGUAUUUCAAAAUUUUCUUGUUUAUCUACAAGUUUGAUCACUUACCUGCCUGUUCUUCAAUAUGCUAUUUGGAGGGUAUGAAGUCAGAAAACUAUCACAAGACUUUCUUUUUUCU